GCGCCCUCCCCCUCCGCCGAGGACCCCGCUCGGCUGUCCAUCAGGCGGCGGCGCGCGCCGAUUGGACGGGCGGUCGCCGGGGAGCGGGGACAGCACGUUGGGGUGCGCGCUACUUAAGGCACUGCUGCGUGAGCCAUUGACGUGUUUGGCGCUGCUGACGGCCGGGUAGCCGGCGGAGCGGCCUUUUGAGAAAGAAGACUGCUAGGAUGCCCAUGGUCACACGGAAACUGAGAGAUCCUGACAUAAAUCCUUGCUUGCCGGAAUCAGACGCUUCUACCAGAUGUCUGGAUGAAAAUAACUAUGACAGGGAAAAGUGUUCUACUUACUUCUUGAAGUACAAAAAUUGCCGGAAAUUCUGGAAUUCUAUCAUGGUUCAGAGAAGACAGAAUGGAGUGACACCAUCUAUGCCUACAGUAGCAGAAAGAGAUGAAAUCUUGGAAGCAAUGGGAAAGAUGCCUUAUUGAAUGCUUACAUUAAAAUUGGUUGUAUAAUUUAAAAGCAGAUAAAAACGUAAAGUCAGUUUCCUGUUGACCUGCAUGAUUGUGAUCCAGUUUUUUCUACCUUGUGUUUCAAAAACAGAUGCUGUUCCCUUAUAAAGAUAAUAAAUUAUAUAAAAUUGCAAAAAAAAGCAGAUGAAUAUUUUUAAUAAAUGAUUGCUAUAAUAUUUUAAGAUCUUACAGGCCUUACCCACAUAGGUCUUAAGUUGUACAAGAGAGACAAAGUUAUGUUAGCAUUGUGUACUUUGCAUUUGCCCUGAACUUUGACAGUGGUAUAUCACUUUAAAUGGUAAGUAAAGUUUAUAUUGACUUUCUGAAGGUAAGUUGGGGUUAAGAAAGUCUGCCUGAGGAGCUGAGCUUUUGUGCUGGGUCUGGAAAGAAAAGUAAAAUUUGGAUAAGUAAACAAUGGGGGUGGGAGAGAGGCAGUUUUUCCAAGGAAGGGAAAUAAUGUGAGCAACAACA